GCUCAAGCUAGACCUCCCAUUUGAUCCUGCAAUCCCAUUACUGGGCAUCUACCCAGAAGGAAAAAAAUCCUUUUAUCAUAAGGACACUUGUACUAGACUGUUUAUUGCAGCUCAAUUUACAAUCGCCAAAAUGUGGAAACAGCCUAAAUGCCCACCAACCCAGGAAUGGAUUCACUUUCUUAUUUAUUUAUUUAGUUAUGUACGAUUACUAGAGAUAACUAAAGAUGUCAGGGACAAAAACCUCCUGCCUUCUUAAUGAAUGAUCCUUGUUAUGGAUUAACCUCCCCCUUGCUGCUUUAUCUUAGACCAGAUAUUAGAAAAACACAUGACUAUUACACUUACUGUAAAAAAUGUUCCUUCUCGAAAAGGAGGAACAAUAUAUAUAAUCAAUCAAAUCAUUGGAAAAAUGUAGUAAUCCUGCUAAAAACUCCUGUGACUAUAAAAAUGAAACCUUAACUUCCGUACUUCAGAAGGUAGACUCCAUUCCUUGAAGCUAGGGUUUCCCCCUGGGCUAGCCUCAAACUUUGCAUUUGAAUAAACUUUCCUUAAAUUAGACUUUGACUCUUUCGGUUAUUUUAGGUUGACACCUGAAACGGUAACGUUUGCAACGGUAAGGAUGGCUGAGAGCAAAUUAGAGACAAAUCCCGAUACACAGCUAGCUGAGUUAGGGCCGGUAAAAAGCAGCACAUUGAGAGCUGUGGCUGGCAAAAAGAUGCAUAUUGAGAGGUGGGGGCACCUCCCCGCGCGCGCUGCUCCGGCGGUCCGCCCCUCCGGAGCCCCAGAGCACGCCGGGAGUUGUAGUUCCCAACGCCCGUCUAAAUCUGCGCACGCGCCCGGAGGCCCCUUCCCCCGCCCCUCUCCCGGAUAAGGAAGCGGCCAGUACUGCCACGCGUUCUGCGGCCCGAGGGCGGGGCCUUCUGGGAGUUGUAGUCGCUGGGGGCGGGCGUCGUCGGUAAGGAGACGUAGCUUUCCGUGGGGUCCGCUACUGCAGUAGGUUCCCGGCGGGAGCUGCAGGGGAUGGAAGCUUCCUGGCGCCAGGUGGCCGGUGGCCGAGGCCGAGCCCGAGCCCGAGGACGGGCCACUGCAGCCCCCUCCUCAGGAAAUGGAGUCCAUGUCCGCGGCGCCGGGGGAGGGCGAGAGAAGGGGUCGGUGGGCUCCCUUCAUUCUGGCCCCAGCCCCGGAGGAGCCGCGGCCGCCGCGGCUGCAGGUAGCAGGCACAGCCCCGCGGGAUCUGCGGCGCCGCAGACUUCGGCAGCCAGCGAGCUAAUGUCUCAGAGGAAAUUUGAAGAAAUCAAGAAGGCUAAUCAAGCUGCAGCCAAAAAACUUGUUGAAGAGCAGUUUAGCUCUUCAUCCGAAGAUGAAGGAGAUGAAGAUUUUGAAGGGAAACAGGGAAAAAUAGUUGCUAACACAUUUAUAACAUAUACCACUCAGACAGAUGGAGAUACACGUGAGCUGGAGCGAACAAAGCAGUAUGUGAAUGAAGCUUUUCAAGCAGGGGCCAUGACGUGCUUAAUUUGCAUUGCUUCAGUGAAGAGAAACCAAGCAGUUUGGAGCUGUUCAGGAUGUUUCUGUAUAUUUCAUAUGCCCUGUAUCCAGAAGUGGGCUAAAGAUAGCCAGUUUCUUGUAUCUUCUCCUUUGACAGAUGAUGAUUUUGGAAAGAGAGAUUAUCCCUGGCCUUGUCCGAAAUGUAGGUUUGAAUACAAACGGUCUGAAACACCUAGUAGGUACUAUUGCUACUGUGGGAAGGUAGAAGACCCACCUUUGGAUCCGUGGCUCGUGCCUCAUUCAUGUGGCCAAGUGUGUGAGAGAGAGUUUAAACCUCCUUGUGGCCAUAAGUGUUUACUUCUCUGUCAUCCAGGGCCCUGCCCUCCUUGUCCAAAGACGGUCACAACUACCUGUUACUGUAAGAAAGCAAAACCUAUCCCUCGUAGGUGCAGUGCCAAGGAAUGGUCCUGCCAGCUGCCAUGUGGACGGAAGUUGCUUUGUGGACAACAUAAGUGUGAAAAUCCUUGUCAUGCAGGAAGUUGUCAGCCCUGUCCAAGAGUUAGUAGACAAAAGUGUGUCUGUGGCAAAAAAGUAGCUGAAAGAAGCUGUUCAAGUCCCCUGUGGCACUGUGAUCAAGUAUGUGGGAGAACUCUGCCCUGUGGUAAUCAUACAUGUGAGCAAGUUUGCCAUGUUGGUGCUUGUGGAGAAUGUCCUCGAUCUGGGAAAAGGUUCUGUCCAUGUCAGAAAUCAAGGUUUUCUUUGCCUUGUACAGAAGAUGUACCAACUUGUGGGGACAGUUGUGACAAAGUACUUGAAUGCGGAAUCCAUAGAUGUUCACAGCGUUGUCACCGAGGUCCUUGUGAAACAUGUAGACAAGAAGUGGAAAAGCAUUGUCGCUGUGGCAAACACACCAAGCGAAUGCCGUGUCAUAGACCUUAUCUGUGCGAAACUAAGUGUGUGAAGAUGCGUGACUGUCAGAAGCAUCAGUGCAGGAGGAAGUGUUGCCCCGGAAACUGUCCACCUUGUGACCAAAACUGUGGACGGACUUUAGGAUGUAGAAACCAUAAGUGUCCAUCUGUCUGUCACAGAGGCAGUUGCUAUCCCUGCCCAGAAACUGUGGAUGUGAAGUGUAAUUGUGGUAAUUCAAAGGUGACAGUGCCCUGUGGCCGAGAACGCACCACAAGACCACCCAAGUGCAAAGAGCUGUGCAGUCGAUCACCAACUUGUCAUCAUACAAGUCAAGAAAGACAUCGCUGUCACUUUGGAUCCUGUCCACCAUGUCAUCAACCUUGCCAAAAAGUUUUGGAGAAAUGUGGUCACUUGUGUCCUGUUCCAUGUCAUGAUCAAGCAUUAGUAAAGCAGACUGGCAGGCAGCAGCCUACGGUUCCUUGGGAACAGCCUUCUGAGCCAACAUUUAUUCAGACUGCGUUACCUUGUCCUCCAUGCCUAGUUCCUAUUCCUAUGGAAUGUCUUGGGAAACAUGAGGUGAGUCCACUCCCAUGCCAUGCUGUAGGACCAUACUCUUGUAAGAGAGUUUGUGGACGAACUUUAGAUUGUCAGAAUCAUACGUGUAUGAAAGAAUGCCACGAGGUAACCGAAGUGGAUGGCUGUACUGGCAAAAACAAGGCUGGCCCAGAAUGCCUUCAUUGUGAGGAAGGGUGCUCUAAGUCACGGCCACCAGGCUGUCCUCACCCUUGUGUUUUGCCAUGUCACCCUGGAGAAUGUCCCCCUUGUGUUCAAAUGCUUAGAAUAAAAUGUCACUGUAAGAUAACAAGCCUUUAUGUGGAGUGUAGAAAAAUAACCACAGCUGAUGAAAAUGGAAAGACUCUCCUCAGUUGUUGCAAAAAUCAGUGCCCUAAAGAGCUUCCUUGUGGUCAUAGAUGCAAAGAGAUGUGUCAUCCUGGUGAAUGUCCCUUUAAUUGCAACCAGAAGGUAAAACUUAGAUGUCCUUGUAAAAGAAUAAAAAAGGAAUUGCAAUGCAGUAAAGUACGUGAAAAUCAGGUUUCAAUAGAAUGUGACUCAACAUGCAAAGAGAUGAAGCGGAAAGCCUCUGAGAUAAAAGAAGCAGAAGCUAAGGCUGCUCUUGAAGAAGAAAAACGAAGACAACAGGCUGAACUAGAGGCUUUUGAAAACAGACUGAAGGGUCGUCGGAAGAAGAACAGGAAAAGAGAUGAAGUGGCGGUUGAGCUCUCGCCGUGGCAAAAAUAUAAAUACUAUCUUCUGUCAGCGUGUGGGGUUUCUGUGGCAGUGUUGUUGGCAUGGUAUAUCGCCCAUGAUGUGGAUUAAAAAUGUUUUGAUCUUUUAAUAUGCCUCAAAUUGGAUUUACUUAUAUUGUUAAAUUUGUAAUAUUAGAAAAUAUCUAUUGUAGAACCUGAUGUAUAUGCACAUUCAUCUCUGUAUUUUCUUCUAGCUGUUGUUAGAAGGACAGAAUGCUAAGCUUUAUCCUAAUUAGUAUAUUGGGAAGGGCAAUACAACACUGUUUAAAGUAAAAGUAUGACAAAUUGUAGUUUAUAAAGCUUAGCGAGUAGCAGAGUAACAUGUUUGUUGUUCAUUGGGUUUCAUUGAUUUGUUGUUUCGAUUGAUAUCUCAAACCAACGAUUUUUUUUUUUUUUUUGUAAACCCAGCCAUAUGUGCAGUAAGAGGAAUAUUUCUCAAUGCUUUGGUUACUUAUUAAAGGAUACUUUUCUUGAUCAUGUAACUUUGUACUUUCUUAAAAAAGCAAUUCUCUAAAAGACCUCUUAAGUUAUAACACGAAUCUAUAUAAUUAGAUUCCAUAAGUUGGUUUAUUAGUGAAGAUUUAUAUCAGUCAUUGAAAUAAAUUUCACAUGCUAUGUUCCCCAGGAAUGUAAUUGUUUUCAACAAAUGCCAGGUUGCAUUCCUCACAUGUGGCUAUUUCUUAUGUAAGAAGCAUUUAAUUGAAGUUGACAUGUUUUGUAAAUUUGUGUCUUUUCAAAAUAAUAAUAAAAGGAAAUCCAGUAUUUAUCAACAAUGUGUGCUGAGCACAGGGUUACAAGCUUUAUGUACUUUAUUUUCAUUUCUAUCACAAUCCUUAGUAGAUUUUAGCUGGAAAUGAUCAAUUUCUACAAAAACAAACUGAGAGAAAUAUCACUAAGUCCUAUCUCUUUGAAUUAUAAUUCAUUUUAAAUAGUUUUAUACAAUUGUUUUCAUUAAAUUUUUUCAUACUGAAUUUAUAAUGGAGAGUAUUUAUUAACAUUAAAAUAUUCAAGAGCCCUGAGUGGGGCAUGAGGUUGCUGCAGAAACUGCUCAUGAUCAGCUGACGUGGGGUGAAUGAAACAGGACAGAGGAGAAAAUUACAUUCUUUAAGGUCAAAAUGAAGUUAAAUUGUGUUUGAACACUUACACUAAUUUGUUCUGAAGGAGAUAAAGUAGCAUAUAUUGUCUUUUUUGCUUCAAUCUGAGGCAAUGAAAGAAGGAAUGGAAAGUUACCAAAUAAA